UAAUCACUGCCGCUUUCUCAGAAAUGUGCUGUAACUAUUCUGUUGGUAACUGAGAAGGUGCAUGUCACUAGAGGAUCAUGAACAAAAACCGGCUAUAGCCUCGGAAUCACUGACUCAAUUUUUGGAUCCUAUUCUCAUGACAAAGCGGCUGUCUGGUUUAAAACAAGCCCAUUAUAAAAAGGGUGCCUCGGAUCCUGGCUGUUUGUAACAGUUUCUGACGUUCCUCCAGCACUGGGGAGCUUGGCUGGAACGGAAAAUGUCCAGAGCUGGAACCAAGGUCACCUUCUACGAAGACAAGAAUUUCCUAGGCCGUUGCUACGAGUGCGACAGUGACUGCCCCGAUUUUCACACCUACCUGAGCCGCUGCAACUCCAUCCGGGUGGAUGGAGGCACCUGGGUGGCCUAUGAGAGGCCGAACUUUUCUGGAAACAUGUACGUUCUGAUGCGUGGGGAGUAUCCUGACUAUCACCACUGGAUGGGCCUCAAUGACCGCCUCGGCUCCUGCAAAGCCGUCCAGAUACCAAGUGGAGGCCGGGGCCACAUCCAGGUAUUUGAGAAGGGAGAUUUUGGCGGGCAGAUGUUUGAAGCCACCGAAGACUGCCCUUCCAUCAUGGAGGAGUGGCACAUGCGCGAAGUCCACGCCUGCAGAGUGCUGGAGGGCGUCUGGGUUUUCUACGAGCAUCCCAACUACCGGGGCAGGCAGUACCUGCUGCCCAAGGGGGAGUACCGCAAACCCGUGGAGUGGGGAGCUGCGAGCCCCACUGUCCAGUCCUUCCGCAGCAUCACUGAGUGAGGCAGCCCAUUGACUGGGCUGCUGGAGGCCGUAAAUAAAGCAACUGAGUCAC